AUGGAAACCAUGUUGGAAACCAGACCCCAAAUCCAGCAGAGGAGCAGCCACAAUGGCCAGGAGACCAGCCUGUGGUCAUCGGGCUUUGGGAUGAAGCUGGAGACUGUCACCCCAUUCCUGGGGAAGUAUCGCCCCUUUGUGGGUCGCUGCUGCCAGACUUGUACUCCUAAGAGCUGGGAGUCCCUCUUCCACAGAAGCAUCACGGAUCUGGGCUUCUGCAACGUGAUCCUGGUGACGGAGGAGAACACCAGGUUUCGGGGCUGGCUAGUUCGGAGACUCUGCUAUUUCCUGUGGUCCCUGGAGCAGCACGUACCCCCCUGCCAGGACAUCCCACAGAAGAUCAUGGAAAGCGCUGGGGUACAGAACCUCCUUGCAGGGAGGGCCGCUGGAGGGGCUGAGGAAGGCCAGGUGCCCAGUCAUGUGAAGAAAGACGUGCAGCGCAUCCUGGGCCACAUCCAGGCCCCACCACGGCCUUUCCUGCUCAGGCUGUGCAGCUGGGUGCUCCUGCGGUUCCUGAACCGCCUCUUCCUGAAUGUGCAGCUGCACAAGGGUCAGAUGAAGAUGGUCCACAAGGCAGCCCAGGCGGGCUUGCCGCUUGUCUUCCUCUCUACUCACAAGUCCCUCCUGGAUGGGCUCCUGCUGCCCUUUGUGCUGCUCUCCCAGGGGCUGGGAGUGCUCCGUGUGGCUUGGGAUCCCCGUACCUGCUCCCCUGCCCUCCGAGCUCUGCUAAGGAACCUUGGGGGGCUUUUCCUGCCCCCAGAGGCCAACCUCUCCCUGGACAGCUCCGAGGGGGUCUUGGCAAGGGCCGUGGUGCGUGCCGCCAUGGAGCAGCUGCUGGUCAGCGGACAGUCCUUGCUCAUCUUCCUGGAGGAGCCCCCUGGAGUCUUGGGGCCUCGGCUGUCAGCCCUGGGCCAAGCCUGGCUAGGACUGGUGAUGCAGACAGUCCAGUUGGGCAGCAUCCCAGAUGCUAUGCUGGUGCCAGUGGCCAUCACCUAUGACCUGGUUCCAGAUGCACCAUGUGACAGUUACCAUACCUCAGCUCCCCUGGGGCUGUGGACAGUGGCUCUGGCUGUCCUGCAGAGCCUGUGUAGCUGCUGGGGCCGCCGUCGCCGGGUCUGCGUCCGGGUGCACCUAGCCCAGCCCUUCUCCCUGCAGGAAUACAUCAUCAAUGCCAGAAGCUGCUGGAGCAGCAGGCAGACCCUGGAACAGCUGUUGCAGCCCAUCGUGCUGGGCCAAUGUACUGUUGUCCCAGAUACUGAAAAGGAGCAGGAGUGGACCCCAGUAACUGCGCCCCUCUUAGCCCUCAAGGAAGAAGACCAGCACCUGGUCAGGAGACUGAGCCAUCACAUCCUAAGUGCUGGCGUGGCAAGCUCAGCGGUGAUGAGCACGGCCAUCAUGGCGACGCUGCUGCUGUUCAAGCACCAGAAGGGCGUGGUCCUGUCACAGCUCCUGGGGGAGUUCUCCUGGCUGACGGAGGAGACGCUGCUGCGAGGCUUUGACGUGGGCUUCUCUGGGCAGCUGCGGUGCCUGGUGCAGCACACACUGAGCCUGCUGCAGGCGCACGUGGCCCUGCUGCGCAUCCACCAGGGGGACUUGCUGGUGGUGCCCCGGCCCGGCCCCGGCCUCACGCACCUGGCACGUCUGAGCGCCGAGCUGCUACCUGCCUUCCUAAGUGAGGCUGUGGGUGCCUGUGCUGUGCGGGGGCUGCUGGCCAGCAGAGUGCCACCAGAGGGACCCUGGGAGCUGCAAGGCAUAGAGCUCCUGAGCCAGAAAGACCUGUACAGCCAGAUCCUGCUGCUGCUGCACCUGCUGCCGCAGGACUUGCUGCUCCUGCAGCCGUGCCAGUCUUCCUACUGCUACUGCCAGGAGGUGCUGGACCGUCUGAUCCAGUGCGGGCUCCUGGUUGCUGAGGAGAGCCCAGGUUCCAGGCCAGCCUGUGACACAGGGCGCCAGCGUUUCAGUGGAAAGCUGCUGUGGAGACCGAGUGGGGACUUCACCGACAGUGACAGUGAUGACUUCGAGGAGGCCGAGGGCCGCUCAGCCAGCAGUCACGCUGCCCUGACUUCUUCCUCUUCCUCUGCCGCCUGCUCAGCCCGCGGCUCAAGGCCUUUGCACAAGCAGCCGUCUUCCUGCACCAGGGCCAGCUGCCGGACACCGAGUCAGGCUACACAGAGCAGCUGCUUCAGUUCCUGCAGGCCACCGCCAGGGAGGAAGGGAUCUUUGAGUGUGUGGACCCCAGUCUCGCCGUGAGUGCCAUCUGGACCUUCAGAGACCUGGGGGUGCUGCAGCAGACGCCCAGUCCCACAG